AUGCAACCUUUUGGACCUACUGCAGGUGCCUGCCUGCAUCAUGACCUUGGAACCCGGUUUAGCCUCAGAUCCAUGUGUGUCCGUUGGGUUGAGUUUGGUGCGAAGGUGCCUUCCGUUUUCUUUGACCCUCCUGACCGAGCUUACCCAGCGCCAUCUGCGCCUGCCUUCGACGACUAUCAUCUGCCCAAGUUUCCCUUCUACCAGAGGAACUCCAGACGAGCACCUCUUUCUCACAGGCACAUUGUCCUUCGCCAGCCCUCGUGUAGCAAACCUCUUAACCCAGGCGACACAUGCUCCCCUCUUGCUGAUCACAAAUACCAUGAACGCGUUAUCCUUCUUGUCGUAGUCUUUGCAGCAACAGAAUCCAGCGGCCGGCCUUUUCCACCCGUCGAGGCUCUUGUCUUCUUCGGCACGAUUACACCGUGGGGCUUUCAUGAAGAUAUUAGCCGACUUCAGAAGUUCCUACAAGACGUAGAUGCGAGGCUACUGAAGCAAGAGGAGACACUUUCAAGCAUCAAAUUGGCCGUCAAUGAUGCUCAGGAGAAGUUGUCAUCGGGCGAGUCACGAUUCCGAGGCAUGCAAGACCAUCACAAAGCAAUUGAGAUGCAACUCAAUACUUUCCAAAAUGGCCACAAAGGCCUUGAGUCAAGACUGGAGAAGCAUGUUGCUAUACUGGAGGAAAGACUGAGCGAUCAGGACGCCAUACAACCACCCAACCCACAGCUUUCUCCCGAGGACGCUCAAGUUCUUGAGUUGUUCAAAACUUACCAGAGUCAUCUCGCUGAGCUCAUGAGUCUGGUGGACUCGCCAGAGAAAAUCGAGUUCCUGAAACAAAGCAUUACUCGCCGUGGUAGCGAGGAGGAUACUGCAAAGACUCCAACGGUGUCUCCCCUGACCACCCCAGGGGCGAACAGGUUCCACAUGGAGCCACCAGCACCCGAUGCUGCCUUCACAGCAGUUCCGUUCCCAAGAGCAAUGGACAGGUUUCGCAGAUGGCUGGAAGCAUUUGCUGACCGCUAUGAGGAUCAACCACCUCGAUUCGAGCAUCACUUCAUCAGUUCUCUGAUGAUAGGCCAGCGCCGCCUCGUGGCUGAUUUCGUGCAGCAGAUCAUUCUCGAUAAAUGCCGCUCGGCGAAGAGAUGCCCACUCAGCCAACCGCAAGGGCAGAAUGCCGUUACCUUGUUUGUGGACUUUAAAACGGUGACUUGGCCGCAGGUCUUCGAUGCUCUCACAAACGCAGAGUAUGCUCCCCUGAUUGAAAGGCUUCAGGAGGAGGAGGCUCUCCGGGCCAGAGAGAAGGCGAGACGCAACGAAAGGACUAGGAAACCCGUGACGGCCGGCCCGCUGUUCAGCACUGACGUGUUAUGGAAGCCUUCGAGCUGGGUGGGCGCUGCUGACCCAGAGUUGUGA